AUGGCGGCGAUGGUGGCGGUAUCCGGCUUACCGGAAAUGGACUUGGACUUGCAUCCAGCAAUGGAUGAUAAGGAGAUGGCUGAGAUCAGAUCAAUUGGAGAGAAACAUCAAAUGGAGUGGAAUGACACCAUGAAUUUGGUUACCUCCGCUUGGUGGUUCAAAUUCUUGAAAGCUAUGGAAAUUUCUCCUGAAGAUAAAACAGAGGAUUAUGGAUUAUUCUCUCCAUUCGAUGAAGUAAUUGAAUUUCCAGAUUGGUUGAACGCAAAUGAAAGCUGCUUGAAUGAUUAUUGUUCUGAUGACUACUUGCAGGAUUCCGCUUUGCCAUGGUAA